UGUGGAGAUGUGGGAGAGAUUGUAGGAGCUCUGAGAGAGGAGGGCAGCUGCCCUCCUGCCAUGCAGCCUCAAAGGGUUAACAGGUCCUGGGAAGCCUGGAGGGACCAUUCACACCCUCUGCCCAAUCCUGGGAAUCCCUGUGGGCUAAUUGAGCACUAACUAGAUCAAAGGCUCCAAUCAGGCAAUCAACACCCCCCUGGCCCCCGUCUUCAGGUCCCCGGGCCAGGCUGCUCUUUGUCUGCAGGAAGGAGAGCAGAGCAAUGCAGCUUCUCUCCAGCUUUAAAGCCAGCCUCGCCUGGGCUCUCCUUAGCAUGGUUCUGGGGAUGGAGUUAAGUUUGCAGGAAAGUUUACUGUUAAAAUCCUUGGGUUUGAGCGCCAAGCCCAGCCCAAAAACCCCCGUUCCUGUGCCGUCUGUGCUCUGGCGGAUCUUCCAGAAGAGAAAGACGCUGCCUUCUACAAACAAGGACCUGGCGGAUGCCUGUAGGGUGGAGGAAUUUAAUGUCCCUGGGAACAUCAUCCGUGUCUUUGCUGACCAAGGCCACUUCAUUCAUAACGGGCAGCCCCAGAGGUUGCUGUGUCUGCAGAAGCGUCUGUACUUUAACCUCUCCGUGCUGGAGGAGGGCGAGCGCUUGACGAUGGCUCAGCUAGAGAUCAAAUUCAGUCACAACUCCUACCACGCCUCCAGCCAGGGGCAGGUUUUUGAGCUGAGGCUCUACCAAACCUCCCAGAUGUCUCUACGGGGGAUGGCCUCCCAUGAGAACAGCCGAAAGCUGCUGGUGGAGCAGUCCUUCGCCCAGCUGCACAAGUCUCUCCUCUUCAACCUGAGCGGGGUGGCGAUGGACUGGAGAACGCGCAGCAGGAAUCUGGGCUUGAUCCUGGAGAUCUCGGUGAGCGGCGGCGAUGGUGAGGGGCCGCAGAACCUCUGCGCCAGCAUCGACUCCUUCCUGGACACCUCUCUCCUGGUGGUGACCCUCAGCCAGCAGCAGUGCAAGGCUUCCAGGAGGAGGAGAAGCGCUCACUACACCCCCGUCACUCCGAGCAACCUCUGCAAGCCCCGGCGGCUUUACAUCAGCUUCAGCGACGUUGGCUGGGAGAACUGGAUCAUCGCCCCGCAGGGCUACAUGGCUAAUUACUGCCUGGGCGAGUGUCCCUUUCCCCUGACGGCAGAGCUGAACAGCACCAACCACGCCAUCCUCCAAACCAUGGUGCACUCGCUGGACCCGGAGGGGACCCCCCAGCCCUGCUGCGUCCCCGUCAGGCUGUCCCCGAUCUCCAUCCUCUACUACGAUAACAGUGACAACGUGGUGCUGAGGCACUACGAGGACAUGGUGGUGGACGAGUGCGGCUGCAGAUAGCGGAGCGGCUGGGGGAGCGUGUGCCGUGGGGUCCCGUCUGAAAUGUUGAAUGAUUGAUGGAAUAAAUCCAAGUGUGUUAAAUCCCCUCUGUGCUGGUGUUCAGGGAGUUUCCCGGUGGUGCGUGGAGUGUCGGAGCCCACCCUGGGCUGCCCUUCUCCAUGUGCAGCCAGGGUGGAGGUCUGGCACGAAGGGAUCGUUACUGGAGUUGUGAUUUAGUAAUAGCUGGGUGCUCAGCCCUCCGAGCAGCCAUCUGCUGCAGCCAGCAGACUAUUAACGGGAUUAUGAUCCAGUCUGAUGCUGGUUGUCUCUUCCGUUCUCCACGGGCAAUGGCAGCACCAGGUCGUGAAUCCCGGACCCCUCGUGCUUGGCCAAGCUGCUGCUGGUGCCAGCGAGGCACCUGCUCGGGAGAGCAGCAGCGGGGCUUGUGCUUUUCAGCUUUUUGGCUAAAUGCUGCAG